UACAGAAAAUGUGAGUUUAAAGUGGCGACAGUUUCGUCAAACGAGACCACAGAUUACGUAAGAAAACAAGAUCAUCUAUCAACCCGAAUGCCAGUGCGUUGUCAUAGAGACACGUACAGUGUUUAGGUCGAUAUUUUACUUUGUAUUCCGCGAGAGUUCAUAUAACGGAUUUGUAUUUUUAUAUUUAUUAUCUUGAUUCUUUAAGAAAGAAAUCCAUUUCAGAUAACAUGGCGAUGGAUCUCGAGUUAAGUAAAAUUAUCGUUUCGUUGCAAGCGGACGAGAAGAAUCGUCGCAGACAAGCGCUGGAGGAUAUAAUGAAAAAUAUAUCGCAGGAGGAUAUGUCGAGGCGACCGGAAGAUCUGGUUAAGAUAUGGGAAAGCGUGCACAGAUUUCUAGUUAGAAUUCUGAACGAUAACGUGGAGACGUGCCGAGAUCUAGCCGUGGGGAUACUGAGAAUAUUUCUGGAGUCUCUGCCGCCCGAUGACAAGCACAUAAUCUACGUUUUACCGCUAAUGUCCAGACGAUUGGGCAUGCAGGAACUGAUCGAGCCGUCGGAGGAAGUGCGACUGAAAUGCGUGUCUCUUCUACGACUGAUAAUUUCGAGAUAUAAGGAUUUGUUGGCGCCGUAUAUUCAGGAUGUGACGGGGAUAUUGGCGCGCACCGUUACGGACAAUUAUCCGAACGUGAAGAAGGAGAGUUGCAGAUGCAUAUCGGACUACGCCAAGACUCUGUCGAGACAUUUCUAUUCGCAAUCGGAGUAUUUAGUGAAGCCGAUCCUGGGCAAUUUUACGCACCAACAUUACAGAGUUCGGCUCGCCGCGGUCGAGGCAAUAGGCGACGUGCUUCAGUAUGGAAAUAGCAAGUCGAUGGAAGAAGUGGCAACUCCUCUGGCGCAGAGGCUCUUCGAUCAAAGUGGAAUUGUCAGGGAAGGUGUAAUUAAGGUCGCCGGCCGCUGGUUGGUGGAGCUGCCUGACAGAUACGGCUGGUGGUGCAAACUUCUUCCCCUGAUCAUGACGGGAUUGCACGACGAGCUCGCGGAGAUUCGUACGAAAGCGGCAGAUAUGUGGGACGCUGCGGGAAAAUUGUAUUUGCAGGAAAACGAAAACGACGAGAAGCUGAAGGAUAAGAUGGACUUUCUCACGGAAGACCCAGAGCAUUAUCCUCCGGAAGUUUCUAGGCCGAAUUUAGGAUGUCGCGUGAUCGCGCAGCAGAAUUUAUGCAAGCUUAUCAACGGUAUCAGCGUCGAACUCGGAGAUUGGUUGCCGGAUAUACGUGUGCGCUCCGCGCAAUUACUCUGUGUGCUGAUAUUAAAUGUCGAGGAGGAUGUUACGCAACACAUCGAAAAGCUCUUGCCGCCUAUGUAUCGCGCAUGCAAUGACGAGGAUAAGAGGGUCAUCGGUUGCGUGGAAACUGCGGCGCGAUAUCUCGGCUACUUCGUGCAACCCAAGAUUUUCUGCUGCCUGGUGCUUCCCACUCUGGACGAAUUCCCGACAGCCGGCCACCUGCGUGUCUUCGCGGCUAUCAUUAGCGGUAGCGAACGAGGGGCUCUGUCGGAACAGCUCGACAAAAUCGCCAACUUCUUGCAGCAGCCGGAUAUCUGUCAGAGUAAAAAGAGCAACUAUCAGCGCCAGAUACUGUCCUGCUGCAAUUCCCUUCUCGUAGUUUGCAAAGAGGAUUGCACGGUGGUUACGCAAGCUUUGUUCGACGUGAUAUUCACCGUGUGCGCGAUGAGCGCGGAGUUCUCCGUUCGCGAGGAAGCGGACAGACUCUUGGACGUACUCGUCGACGUAAACUCGCUAAAGGACAUCGAGGAUCUCUUCCGCAGCCACGUGAGACCGCUGAUAACGUCGAUUCGCGACGACUGCGCCUCGUGGACGGUUUACAGCGCGGAGUCGCACAUUUUUGGCGCUUGUUUGAGCCGCGCCGGAGUCGCCAUGUCGCGUAACAUGGACCUCGUGUUGCCUGUCCUCGAGAAAACCAUGAGCAAGGACGCCGACCCCGAGCUGAAGCUGCGACACUUUAUUCUGCUCUCGGAGUACUUUCUGAACAAUCAGAGUUUACAUCGCCACAUCGAGGACCCGCGUAGAUUCGUGAACACGAUUGUCGGGGAACUGAUCGUGCCUGGGUUGAUCUGGGCCGCCGGCAGGGCGGCCGAAGCCAUUCGCACGGCCGCCGUUUGCUGUCUCUGCGCUGUUCUGCAGAACAAGAUAAUUAAUCCCGACGAGUGGGAUGAGACCAAGAGAGCGGAGUCGUCCGCGAGCGAGGAGAACGAGACAGCUGGGGCGCCUAUCACGGCGGAGCAGUUCCCGUCCAUCUUCGACAAGAUCGUGCCCGUCCUGGUCAGUCUGGUGGACGACAAGGCGAAGAAGACUCGACUGUACUCCAUGCGCGCCAUUUGUCUACUGAUGACGAUCGGGCGGAGGCUGUCCUGUCUCAACGACCAGCAUGUCCAUCGCACGUAUCCGGUGAUACUGAAAAGACUCGACGACGGGUGCGACGACGUUCGCUACGCCGCGGUGGAAGCGCUCGUGGACGUGUGGAGCGCGGUGUCCGAAGACUACGACACUGUCGUCAGCAAGAGCCACGUCGAUGCCCUGUACACGACGAUGAUUAUUCAUCUGGACGACCCGGAGUCUCGCUUCCAAGAGAUAAUGUUGGAUGCGUUAAAGCGUGUCGCGAGGAUCUAUCCCGAGCUACUGCACCAAAAGCUGCACGGCUGCCGGUCGAAUUUCAGGAACAAAGCGGGAGUGGACGCGCUCUUGGAAUAUUGCCGGGAUAUGUUCAGACGAGAUUGAAUUCGUUUCCCAAGCAGAGACGCUUCUGCAAUCCGAUAGAAUAGAAUUGUGUGUCUUAAGCCUUGUGUCCACGACCCAAGAAAGUGUCCAAGUUCUAGUUCCAAGAAAUGUGUAGCCAAU